CAUCGACCUUUUCCUUUUCCCUACUUCUCUUUUUCUUUUUCCUCUUCUGGAUCUCACCCUACUUUUGUCUUAUAUACAAUAAACUUCAAUCUGAGUACACUAUUUAAUUUCCUUGCUCUCUCUACCUUGCAACCGCCCAACACAGAUACACAAUGAAUUACCUAACUCAAGAUCAACGCUCAAAGGUUCAAAACCUUACGGGAAUCACCAACAUGAGAGAAUCUGCAGCCAUUACUUUGCUCAAGGAUUGCAGAUGGGACAUUCAGGUGGCAGUAAACACUUUUUAUGGUGGCGGCAGUGGUUCGAACACUACAUCUCAGAGCAAUACCAAGUCUCUACCGCCUGUUAAUGUUAAACAAAUCGAGAAGAUUUUUGACGAUUUCAAAGAUGAUACAAACUAUAUUCUAAUCGAAGGAAUGGAAAAAUUCUGUGCGGCCUUGGAUGUGGACCCAACGGAUGUUGUUAUGCUAGUUAUGGCCUGGCAUUUGAAGGCGGAGAAUAUGUGUGAGUUUACUAGGUCUGGAUUCAUCGAGGGUUGGACGAAACUCAGGUACAGGACACAGGAUCCGCCUUAAAAGAUCUUAUUAAGAAUGUGGGUGUUGUUCUUCAG